AAUGCAUUUCGCACGGCCGUUGAGGAAAAUCUUUGGAAGCAAUUCACGAACCCAAACGCAGGUCAUGAGAAAACAGCUUUCCCAAAGGCUCAGGGAGACCAGGAAAAGGCUAUGACGGAGAGGUCUCCAAGGCAGACGGGGGUCUACCAUAAAUUCCAGAUGUAG